AUGUUCUUCUUCUUCGUGUGCGGAGAGCACACCUUCCGUAAGCCUGUCGAGGGCUACGAGGGUAUGGUCUGCCAGUGUUACAACUGCGGUAACAUGUCUGGCCAUGUCAUCAAGAGCCACCCUUGGUUCACAUUCUGCUGGAUUCCCGUUAUACCCCUGUCCUUCAAGGGCUACACCGAUGUUGUCUGCCACAUUUGCAACUUUGCCCAGCCGCUUGAGAAUCGCCCCGACGUCACGGCCAUGAAGGGCGGAGGUCAAAUGCCGCCCCCGCAAGUGCAUGGUCAGCCUCCCCAGGGUUGGGGCCAAGCUCCGCCUCAGUACCGAUGA